AUGGAGCCUGCGACAUACACCUUGGCUGGAUCAGUCAAGACGCCUCUCGCCUCUCAGCAGGCCACCAGCGCUUCCGACUUCGUAGGCGACGAGCAGGAGGGCUCGAAGGACGAGGCCUCGAAGAAGCGCAGGACCGGAGGAGGAGGCGAGGGAACGGCGAGCGCAGGCGAGGACAAGCUGAGGAGGUUGUCCUUUUCGACUUUGCCGCUCGACAUGGUCGUCCAGAUCUGCAGCUUCCUCGACCCGGAGACCGUCCUCGCGCUCGCCCAGACGAGCAAGACGAUCCGCUCGACCUUGUUCCGCAAGGCCGCCGCGCCCGUCUGGACCGCAGCAAGGAGGAAUGUCGGCGUCGACGACCUGACGGGAGAGCUUCCCGAGCCAAGGAUCGCGUUCUUGCUGCAAGGCAAGGUCUGCCAGGUCUGCGGCUCCUCGGCCUCUUACUCCUUCCCUCGGUUUGACCUGCAAGUCCGCGCUUGCUACCCGUGCCUCGAGGCGAACGUCUUUCCCGCUUCCGCCAUCCCUGAAGAAGUCCAAGACCUGCACCCGCUCAGCCUUUGCUGCUCUCUUGCGGCGCGUCACUCCGCAAAGGGCAAGAUGCACCGCCGUCGCGAGCUCUUCUACUGGAAGCCGGAAGUCGUCGCAACGAAGGCUCAUCCCUCCGGAGCCGCCGUCGACUUCCAGAGGUCCUUUGAGCGGUACAAGGCGGCAGCCGCAGCUGAUGCCGCCAAACUUGUCGUUCACGAGGAGCGCCUGUACCAGGAGAAGCUGGUGGAGGAAAGGGAGAGGCCGGCAAAGCGUUUCAAGCAGAUCCAGAAGAGGCUCAUCGCAGCUGGCUUCGCCGAGCAGGACACGCUUGCGGUUCCGACGUCGGUCAGGAACAGCUCAGAACCUGUAACGGACGAGUACUGGGCGCAGGUCCACAGCCAGGUCUUGGGCGCGGUCCAAGCACAGCGCGACCGACGUUUACAGCACGCGAGAAGUCAGCGUAGAGAUGGGCUGCGCGCGCUGUACAACCUGCUUUACAACGCAACCUCGCCUGCCGAGCAGGAAUUCUUUCCGAACGUGCACGCGUUCCUCCGCCUUCCCUCCAUCGAGGUGCUCUGGCAGCCUGAGGACGCCGUCAUCGACACGUCAAGCUGGGCCGCCUUGACCCCAAAGAUUCGCCUCGACAUCCAGCGUCAAGCUCGCAUCGACAAGAUUCGUUACUUCGACCAACUCGCCCGCGCCCUCCUCUCGAUCGGCAUCCACCUCCCAGCGUACAUCGUCAAUCUCAUCACUGCCGAACCCUCCGUCUUCGUCGACGACGCAGACGACUCGAAGGGCGUUGCGCCGCUGCACGACCAGCUCACCGACGGGCAGCUCCUCGGCUUGCUGCACGGUCCUCUCGCCGUCUUUACCUGCAGCUUUUGCGGUUGGAGCUUCCCAAUCCGGGACCACAACGCGCACCUCGACAUGCGUCACCGCCCGACGACCUGGUCCUCUCAAGCCGACGCCAAGUUUCAGCCCGUUUCGAGUUCCUACCUCGGACUCCUUCACCAAGUCAUCACCAGCGUCGGACUCGAUAGUCUUGCGGCAUACGCGGGCGAUCUUGAAAACCUCGGUCCUCACUUCGAGGUGCGAAUGCAUGGCGGCGAAGUCAUCACGGGCGUUCACUGGGCCGACUUGCGCAAGGCUUUCGUCAGGAGGCCAAAACAGCCGCGUCCCGCGCACGGAGGGAAGCGCAAACCCCCCUUCUUCAAGCUAACCUACUGCGCAGCCGCCAUCACCUACCGUCCGCCCGUCCCGCCCAGCCCUGUGGCCAAUCAGCUCGCUUCGCCCGCGGACGAGACGAAGAAGUGA